CUCAAAAUGACAGUCUCUCUCCCAACAGUCCUCAUAACCGGCUGCAGCCCAGGCGGUAUUGGCUCCGCCCUCGCCGAGACCUUCCACGCGCGAAACCACCAUGUCAUCGCAACCGCCCGCUCCAUCUCCAAACUCUCCCACCUGUCUCACCACCCCAACAUGACUCUCCUUCAGUUGGACGUCACCAGCCCCGCUGAUAUCUCUGCAGCCGUUGAAGCAGUGACAUCCCUCACAGGCAGAAUGUUAAACUACCUAAUCAAUAACUCGGGUGUACCCCUCACCCUCCCCGCACUGGACACCCCACUCCAGAAAGCAAAGGAUCUUUUCGAUGUGAAUUUCUGGGGCGUGGUGGCUAUGACGCAAUCCUUUUCUCCGUUACUUAUCAAGGCCAAGGGAACGAUCGUGAAUAUUUGUUCGUUGGGUGGGGUUAUGGCUGUGCCGUGGAAUGCAUUCUACGCCUCUUCGAAAGCAGCAAUAAAAUCCUACAGCGAGUCCCUCCGCCAAGAACUCGCCCCAUUCGGCGUCAAGGUCGUGACCGUAAUGAGCGGCGUCGUGAGUUCGAAUCUAUGGACUAGAGCACCGGAGCUGGAUAUGUCGGGCUCGAUGUAUGAGGGCGCCAAGAAGGAGAUUACGGAUAUGGCCACCGGACAGGUGGUUAAGGAUGCCAUGCCGCCGUCGGAGUAUGCGAGACGAGUCGUGGAUGAUUUGUUGGGUGGGGCGACUGGGGUGAUUUGGAGGGGGAAGAUGGCCACUAUUACGUGGUUUAUGACUUCGUUUGUGCCGGGGUGGAUUAUGGAUCGGAUGUUGGUUGCUGGGAGCGGGUUGGAGAAGUUGGGUUGAGGGUUGAGAUGUGGAUUGUGGGUCCUUUGGUGUGAUUCUCCACUCUUCGGUUGUGAUUUGUGAUAUUGGGAUUCAAGGGACCUGGGUUGAGGAACACAAUGUAUGAUAUGGUUUGGAUGUGAUUAUAUUUGCG